AUGUCGUCCACCACUGAAUACACUACCGACAGCGGCAGUCGCCACAUCCACAUCACAUCAACUCCUGUGGCGUCAACUAAAACUCUAGGUAACAUCAAUAUCACUAACAGCAGCAACAACAAAAUCAUUACCAGCAACACAAACAACAUUAACAUCAUCAACAACACAAACAACACAAACAACGUCAACAACAACAACCCACACAUCCCACAAAACAGCAACAACAACAUCAACAGCAACAACAACAACAACAACAUGUCUCCAGACAGCGGCCACGACGAUACGGCCUCCAUCAACCAAUCCAAACCGACACAUAGCGAUAGUUGGUGCACCAUAGAUAAGUAUCCGGAAACAGACAGUGACAAUUACGUCAUCAACGAUUCCAGUUCUUCCGGGCUUGUAAACGAGAAAGAUGGCGCUAAUGCGGUUAUCCAAAAUGGUCACAUGAUCUACGAGCGGCUGCUCAAUGUCAAGGACGUUGCUAAUGUAAAUAACAAAAAAAACAUCAAAAACAACCAAGUCAACACUAAUAAUAUUAACAAUAAUAACUACAACAACGAUGAUAAUAAUAAUAAUAAUAACCAUGAUGGUACUGAUAAUGAUGACGAUUUGGCCGUCAAAGCAGCUACCGCAACAACCGGCGCUUCUAAGCAUCUUACUAGUUAUAUUCAACCUGGAGAGCGUAUUUUUUUAAAUGGACCGCCAAAUAAUUCAGCGAAGCUAGUUACUUGCCCCGCUGACAGUUUGUUAGUCAAAUAA